UCUAUGUACGUCAGUUCAGAGCGACUUUAGCGUCACGGACAUGCGCACAAGGCUCCCGGCUGCGGCGCCGGACUGCGCAUGCGCGGCAGUUCGAGAUCCGUGUCCUACUUCUCCUGUUUCCGCAGGGCAGUAGCAGCCAGCAGUACUAUCUGCAGCUCAGCAGUCACAGGCACCCGGCUCACCCGCUCCGUACUGCCAUGUCCAUGCUGUGCUACAACCGGGGCUGCGGCCAGCGUUAUGAAACGGACUCCAACACCGAGGGGUCGUGUACCUAUCACCCCGGGGUUCCAGUCUUUCAUGAUGCUUUAAAGGGCUGGUCGUGCUGUAAGCGGCGAACAACGGAUUUCUCUGACUUUCUUAGCAUUGCAGGCUGCACAAAAGGGUUACAUAGUAAUGAAAAACCUCCGGAACCUGUGAAGCCCGAGGUGAAGACCACAUCGGACAGGAAAGAGGUGGACUUAAAGCCAAAAUUCAGUGAACACAUUAUUCAGGCACCAAAACCUGUAGAAUCCAUAAAGAGGCCCAGUGCGGAUGAGCCCUUGACGUCGUUACAGUUACAGGUGUCGGCAUCUCUGAAGCAAGCCCUGGAUAAGUUGAAACUAUCGUCAGAAAAGGAUCAUCCAAUAGCAGAUGUAGAGACUGGAGAACUCAAAGUCGGAACGUUUUGUAAGAAUGGUGGAUGCACUAAGACAUUUGCUGGACCACAGAGCAAUGAAGAGGUCUGCCAGUACCACAGCGGGGUGCCCAUCUUCCAUGAAGGGAUGAAAUAUUGGAGCUGCUGUAAGAGGAAAACGUCUGAUUUUAAUACAUUUCUGUCUCAAGAAGGAUGUUUUAAGGGUACACAUUUAUGGAUAAAGAAAGAUGACGGUAAAAAGGUUGUUCCAUGUAGACACGACUGGCACCAGACUGGCAGCGGAGUCACCAUCUCAAUCUAUGCAAAAAACUCUGUCCCCGAGCUUAGCUACGUAGAGGCAAACAGCACAGUGGUUAAUAUUCAGAUCGUGUUUGAGGGUGAGAAGGAAUUUCAGCAGAACCUAAAAUUGUGGGGGGUAAUUGACGUUAAAAAAAGUUACGUGAACUUAACAGCAACAAAGGUGGAGAUUUUCAUGAAGAAGUCUGAACCCAUGACCUGGGCUAGGUUAGAGCUACCUCAGUCCAUCCCGCCCCAGCAGGCUGACAGUACAGGCACACAGGAAUGACCGCAGGGAUUAGGGAAUUGCUGACUAUUAUAAAUCAUUGAAGUGGUUUGUUCCAAAAGUUUGUUUUCUUCAAGAUUUUGUUGCUAUUGCCCACUUGUAGCCUGGGGGCGUCCUGAGCUUCUGCAUCAGUGUCCCAGCUGUUACAUGACCAAAUAUAUCCUGCUGGUUGAUUUGCAGUCCAACACUGUAGACUCUGAAACACUCGCUGUCCUUCCAGGUCCUGUCACGUUUAUACUGUCUUCAGUCCGUCGGAAAUGACAUCCACGGAGAUGUUCACAAUGGUUCAUUGAACUUUAUAUUUUAAUUAUAUAUUUACACAUCUUAAGUUGGUGCAAAUCUAUAAAUGCUCUUAUGCCUUAGAUAAUGUGUUUAAAAAGCUGUAUUUUGCAUUGUCACACAAUAUAUUAUUAUAAUGUGUAUGGAAUUUA